CCCAUUAAUAAUACGUAAAAAUCAAGUAAUUAUUUCUUAUUUAAUAAUCAAAAGACGCUAAUAAACAGAAGCAAUUUUUUACAACGUAAUUAUCGGUCAAUAAAAAGUGAUAAUAUAUAUGGACGGACGAGCGGUGCUAAGAUUCCACAAUUAAAUGCUAUAUGUGUUACAUGUGAAGAAUGGAUAGUGACAAACAACACCUGCAGAUUGAAGAAGAUUACAAUUUUUAUUUAAUAUCGGAAGGUUACACAAACCCAUAUAACGAGAAUCCACAAGUCGUCAAUCUACAGAAUAUAUCAUUGGUCAAAAGAAAUAACUUAAACAAUAUAAGAUCAAUGGAAACCGCUUCCACUGAGAACACCGUAUCGCAAAACGUCGUCAGGACGACAAAUGAAGUAACGGAGAACGGUGAUAGAUUAAUGACGGUAUCGCUGCCUUAUGACGCAGAAUGUGAUACGGAUUAUGAAAUAUCGAUCACAGAAUCUGCUGGUGAUAAAAAAGAAAUGCUACAAGACAAUGGCAAUGAUGAGGAUAAAUCGUUCUGUAAAACACGAUAUAGGUUAUUUCCAUUCAAUGUAGAUUUGCUAUUAUACAUGGUUAUAUUUGUCAUUACUAAUUCAGCACAGCCACUUUUAAUAUGCCUUCUUAGACAAAAAGGAGGUGCUCCUACAGGGAGCUAUACAUUUUUAAUUCCCACCUAUCUUGCGAUGAUAUGUGUCGGUACAUACCCUACAAAGAAAAGUAUAUGGGAGGAGUCGUGGAAGUAUCCAUUCAUGCUAUCCGGUAUGGACAUAUUGCACCAAGUAAUAGAAAAGGCUGGAUUAAUUUGGUGUGGACCUUCAAUAUACACCAUUGCAGGCAGCACAAACACGAUGUUUCUAGCAGUACUGUCUAAGCUAAUCCUGAAUAAAGAUAUCACCUUGGUUACCUGGGCAUCAUUGUCACUUAUAUCAGGAUCAAUUGCCGUUAGCGGAUUUACACAAAUGAAUGAAAUUACAGCACUGCAGUGUAUCGGAUUCGUGCUAGUAGUAACAGCGGCAUUCGUAAACGCAUUAAACUCGAUCAUCAGCGAGGACAUACUCAGGAAAAAGAAAAUUGAAGGACCUAACCUAGUGUCUAUGAUGGGCAUUAUAUCCUUAACCAUUUUUGUCAUUUGGUCCUUGGUAUUCACAAUACCGCAGAGGCACGUGCUGUUCAAUACAAAAGGGGGUGUUAACCCGUUCGAUCUAUCGGCAGUAGUCACCCUACUCGUGGUACUUUUCGUGUCCAACUUCUUCAGGUCAUCAGUAUACUACUAUAUCAUCAAGGAAGCUGGAUCUGUCUGCUGUGGAGUCCUAAAGGCUGUAAGAAUUGUUGUGGUGGUUGUAGGAAGCCACUUCCUAUUCGCUUAUACAGAUUCGUCACAAGCAAUGAACACAAGCAAGAUGAUAUCGUCUGUCAUAUGUUCCUUAGGUGUGCUACUGUACUCACUAGACAGCUCCGGAAUCAAGAAAUCAAAGGAUAGUUGAAAUACCUGGAAACAGAUAAACAACACUUCCUACACAUCAAGAAACGUAGUAGCGUCCAAUUGUAGUUAUAACAUGAUCACGCAUGUUAAUAUUCUGAAAUAGUGUC